UAAUAAUAAAAUUUAAUUCGUUCAUUUUCAAAACUGUGUUUAUUCUUUUUCUUCGAAAGAAAUUAUCAAUCAACUCAAAUAAUUUGCAAAAUUGUAAAGUUUCGCCACAAAAAGACCUGGAUAAUGUCUGAGUGGAAAAAAUUAUCUGUACCAAAACCAAUAAUUCAAUGUCUACGAUCACUUCGGAUGUUUACACCAACGGCCAUUCAAUCGGCUGCAAUACCAGCUGCAAUCAAUGAUCGUAUGAAUAUUUAUGCUGCCGCACCGACUGGUAGCGGUAAAACAUUAGCAUUUGCCAUUCCUAUAGUCGAUCAAAUUAUCAAAGAAAUGGAUGAAUCAUCAAACAAUGAUCCUAAACUUAGAUCGAUCAUUCUAACACCAACCAGAGAGUUGGCCGUCCAGAUUAAACAACAUAUUGACAAUAUAUGCAAAUUUAGUUCAAUGAUCAAAGUGGCAUUGAUUGUUGGCGGUUUAGCCAUACAAAAACAAGAACGAAUCCUUUCUAGACAAAAACCACAAAUCAUUGUUGCAACACCUGGAAGAUUAUGGGAAAUGCUUAAUUCGAAUACGGUUCCAUAUUUGAAUCGCAAAUCGCUUAUCACCGACCUUCGAUCGUUGGUCAUCGAUGAAGCCGAUCGAAUGAUUGAAAAAUCACAUUUUCAAGAACUUGGAUUUAUCAUCGAUUUUUUCAACAAAGAUGAUUGUAAUCCGUUAAAGUCUGGCAAAUGUCAAGUGUUUAUAUUCUCAGCCACUUUAACAAUGAAUCGAUCUACAAAGAAAAAACAUCGAUUAUCAUCAAACAAAUCAGAUCGAGAUUCAAUCGAUUUAAUUAAAUCAUUAAAUCUUGACCGUAAUACAUUGAAAACAUGUGAUCUAACAGAUGGUGGUCGAAGAUCAAAGCCGGAUGCCGAACAUUUGACCGAAUCAAUAAUACAUUGUCUAAAAGACGAUAAAGAUCUAUACCUAUACUAUUUCGUUCUGAAUAAUCCAGGUCGAACAAUUGUUUUUUGUAACAGUAUCGAUUGUAUACGACGCCUUUUGAACUUGUUUCGAUUUCUUCGAAUGAAUCCCUUAUCUAUUCACUCAUCAAUGCCUCAAAAACGUCGCCUUACAAAUAUUGAACGAUUUACCACAAAACGAAAUUCAUUGAUAUUCGCAACCGAUGUUGCUUCUCGUGGAUUGGACAUUCCUAAUAUUGAUCAUGUCGUUCAUUAUCAGGUACCACGUUCGGCUGAUAUCUAUAUACAUCGAAGUGGCCGUACAGCACGAAUUAAUAACAAAGGUUUUAGUCUAAUUCUAUGUGAUCCUCGGGAGGAGGCUUUUUUUCUACGUAAUUUUUCCAAAAUUAUUCAUAAAGAAUCCAUAGCAGAAUAUUCGAAUAUAAAUUCAAGAAUAUUGAAACGUUUAAAAGAACGUAUACGAUUAGCACAAUUAUGUGAUAUGCUGGAACAUAAAUUACGAAAAAAUCGAACGGAAGAAAAUUGGUUUCGAACCACUGCUAAAGCUUGUGAAAUUGAAUAUGAUUCUGAUGAACAGGGUGAUGAUGAUGUUGAAAAUCAAAAUUCCAGCAUACGUGAACGUAAAGAUUGUGAACGAAAAUUAAAGACCUAUGAACAUGAAUUAUCGAUUCUAUUGAAGAAACCACUUCCGAAUAGAUCUUUAUUAAAUUCUAGCUAGUUAUUUUUAUACAUUUUUGUUUCGUUAUACGCCCAAAAUGUAUGUUUUUUUUGUUCAGAUAUUAUCCUUUUUUUUCCUGUUUGAAAUCAAAUUCAUACUAUGACACCUACGUUGUUUUGUAUUUUUGUGCGUAUGCCAUUUAUCCCUCCUUCGAAAAAAUAUGGAAGCGUUUUUUCAUUCGUAUUUUUUUGAAUUGAUUAUUUUUUAAUGAUUUACUGACCUUGCUAUCUGAACAAAAUAAAAUAGAUUUUCGAUAUUCGAAUAGAAAA